UGUUAUACUUCCCCUACCAGAGAAUGUGAAAGAAUAUUUGCUGGAUGAUGGAACGCUUGUGGUUUCUGGAAGAGAAGAUCCGCCAAGUCAUGCUCAGGAGGGGAGUGAUGAUGCAGAGGAAAUACAGUGGUCAGAUGAUGAGAAUACUACAACACUUAAGGCACCAGAAUUUCCCGAGUUUACAGCUAAAGUUCAAGAAGCAAUAAGUUCCUUGGGUGGUAGUGUUUUUCCUAAACUUAACUGGAGUGCGCCAAGGGAUGCCUACUGGAUAGCAAUGAACAGCUCUCUAAAAUGUAAAGCUCUCAGUGACAUCUUCCUCCUCUUCAAGAGUUCAGACUUCAUUACCCGUGACCUCACUCAACCAUUUAUUCACUGUACUGAUGAUUCCCCUGAUCCUUCCUUGGACUACGAGCUUGUUCUUCGCAAAUGGUGUGAACUAAUCCCUGGUGCAGAAUUCAGAUGCUUUGUCAAGGAAAACAAGCUUAUAGGUGUAUCACAGAGGGACUACACUCAAUACUACGAUCAUAUCUCUAAGCAACAUGAGGAGAUCUGUAGAUCAAUACAGGAAUUUUUCAAGAAACACAUACAGUAUAAAUUCUUGGAUGAAGACUUUGUUUUUGAUGUGUACAGAGACAGCAGGGGUAAGAUUUGGUUAAUAGAUUUUAACCCGUUUGGUGAAGUAACAGACUCCCUGCUGUUUACGUGGGAAGAGUUGACCUCUGGGAAAAACUUGAAAGAAGACCAGGGUGAAGGGGAAGCAACAGAACAGGACUAUCCAGUUUUCCGUUGUACGAACAGUAAAGUUACUGUCCAGCCUAGUCCAUACCUGAGUUACCGACUGCCAAAAGAUUUUGUGGACCUUUCUACAGGAGAGGAUGUUCACAAACUAAUUGACUUUCUUAAACUGAAAAGAAAUCAGCAAGAUGAUGACUGA